GUUUCUUUUUAAGUUGUCUCUUUAGUCAUAAUUUGUUUUUCCCAUAUUAUGUGUGGUUUCAGACGUCGUGUUGGUCAUUUUAUUUGUUUAUUUUUUUAUAUUAAAAAAAAAACAAUUUUGGACCAAAAAAAAAACCCUAUUUUGAUAACUCCUUGUGAUCCCAAUGCAAUAUAAAACUAUGCUUGGACAAAAAUAUAUGAGUUAGCCAAAUUUGAGAAUGAAAUGGAAAAUGACAAAUAGAAGAAGCUUUAAUGUAAAAGUGGUUGAGUUAUAUAUAGAGAUUAAAAGCCAUUAAUUUAUAUAAUGGGGUGGUGCAAAAAAACAAAUCCAUGACACAAUCAUCUACUUAACAAUGUACACUUCCCAAAUACCAAGUGCAAGUUCAGAGGAUAUAUAGAAAGAACUAGAAGAUGACAGAAACAGAGAAUGCAGGUGCAAAAUGGAGUGGAAUUAAAAUUGAAGGAGAAGAUAGUAUUAAGACAGUGAAUUGUUUAAGAGGGAGAUUGCUAGCAGAGAGAGUGGCUUCAAGAAAUGCUACAGAAAAGGCAGACCAAUUGAGGAACAAGUUGUUAGAAGUGGAGAAGAUGUUAAAACAAGAGGCAAAAUCAAGAAACAAAGCUGAGAGAAAGCUGAAAAUCUUGAUGAAUAGGCUUCAAUCCUUGAAUAUUUCCUACGUCGCAAACGAAUCGGAAACCGGGUCGAACCAAGAUCCGAUUUUUCCAACAAUAUCAAACAAUUCGGACCGAAACGAAGAUUCUUUAACUUCCGAGAAACAAGUGUUUUCGGAUGAUCAAAGAAUCGAAGGCCUGAGCCAAGAAGAUGAUCAAGAAUAUCCGUACGAGCACAUUGAUAAUUCGAUGGCCUUGAUUGCGGUUGAUACACCGCCACACGAAAAUCAGACCGUCGAUCCAGAAAUUCUCGAUCACACUGUGAAAGAAGUGCUGGAUGCAUUAAGGCAUGCUAAAGAACAACUUCAAAGUUCAAUGCAGAGGAAGAGAAUCAGCACUAUUAUUAAAGUUGGCUAGAUUAAAUUUAUUUUGUCCCAAGUAUAUAUACAGCAUAUGUAUAUUUAUUUAUUUAUUGCGUGGAUGCAUAUA